CGAAGAUUUCUCGCAUGAGCACGAGCGGUGCGAGGCCGCGACCAAGUUCGUACCAACGGCUCCCGCUCGCCGACGAUGGUGACAGCCCUGCCAGCGUGGACGCGAAUGCUGAGACGGAGAUCGAGGAGCUGAAGAAACGGGCGCAAGGCAAGCCGCCAAGCCGUGCUGAAGUCAUCAGCACAAAGAUUCACGCAUUCCUGUGGAUCGUUGGUGCCGGGUUUCUCCUGUAUUACUUGGAUGUCAUGCACGUGGCAUUCCGUGACUCGCGCGUCCAUCGGGUGUACUUUAAUCUUGGGCUCGUGUGCUUUGGCAUCAACACGUGCAUCACGUUGUACUUGGCGAUCUGGCUGCCGUACGUCAAGAAGAUCGACUUGGAAUGGAACGUGUACUGCCCCCGAAUGGUGCCCACCGCGACGAUCGUCGGGGUUGUCUGCGCGCUCAUGUUCACGAUGGGUCUGUGGCCAGUGUGGGGCUUUUUCACCCCCGGCAUCUUGUUCGUUCUGUUCCUUGGGGCCCUCAUGACCGCUCAUUUUCUACCCGCCCUAUAAAUCAUUCCAUCCUGGGCACAACGUCUUCCUGGUCAAUCAGCAGCGUUUGAUGACCAAGGUCCACUCAGCAGCAACCAGAGUACAUUCUAGCAAGUCGCAGUAGAUGUAUCGCUUGGCAAGCAAUGCCUUCAAACCUCUGCCAAUCUAGCGGCCAACAAUAGCCAACCCUCUGUCGGUCUCAGCG